GCCGGGGGCUCGCUCACCCCGCGGGCGGAGCAGCCGGCGCGGGCUUGGGGCCGGGAUCCUCCUCCCGCUCCCUACGCGCCGCUCCGACGUCAGGCGCGGGAGCGGGAGGCAGCGCCCAGCGCUGCCGUUGCCAGAGACUCGGCGGCCGCCGGACGGGGCGGACGUCGGGGCGGCGACUCCCCGCGCGGCGACUCCCGGCGCGGCCCGGCUCCCGGCAGGGGGUGGAGAGGAGGGCGCUAUGGCCGACGUGUUCCCGGGCUCCGAGCCCGGCGCGGCUCCGGACGCGGCGCGGCGCUUCGCUCGCAAGGGGGCCCUGAGGCAGAAGAACGUGCACGAGGUGAAGGAGCACAAAUUCAUCGCGCGCUUCUUCAAGCAGCCCACCUUCUGCAGCCACUGCACCGACUUCAUCUGGGGAUUUGGGAAACAAGGAUUUCAGUGCCAAGUUUGCUGUUUUGUGGUUCAUAAGAGAUGCCAUGAGUUUGUUACCUUCUCUUGUCCUGGGGCCGACAAGGGACCUGACACUGAUGAUCCCAGAAGCAAGCACAAAUUUAAGAUCCACACAUAUGGGAGCCCAACCUUUUGUGACCAUUGUGGGUCGCUGCUCUAUGGGCUUCUACACCAAGGGAUGAAAUGUGACACUUGUGAUAUGAACGUUCAUAAGCAAUGUGUGAUAAAUGUCCCAAGCCUCUGCGGCAUGGAUCACACAGAGAAAAGAGGAAGGAUUUACCUGAAAGCUGAAGUCACUGGUGACAAACUGGAAGUAACAGUGCGAGAAGCAAAAAACCUAAUUCCCAUGGACCCAAAUGGACUUUCAGAUCCUUAUGUUAAACUGAAGCUCAUCCCAGACCCUAAGAAUGAAAGUAAACAAAAAACAAAAACCAUUCGUUCUACUCUGAAUCCGGACUGGAAUGAGUCUUUCACGUUUAAAUUAAAACCUACAGACAAAGAUCGGCGGUUAUCCGUAGAGGUCUGGGACUGGGAUCGAACAACCAGAAAUGAUUUCAUGGGAUCUCUCUCAUUUGGGGUGUCAGAGCUUAUGAAAAUGCCAGCCAGUGGAUGGUACAAGCUGCUGAAUCAAGAAGAAGGUGAAUAUUAUAAUGUUCCAAUUCCAGAUGCUGAUGAAGAUGGAAAUGCAGAGCUCCGACAGAAGUUUGAGAAAGCCAAACUUGGGCCAGCUGGUAACAAAGUCAUUACUCCAACAGAAGACAAGAACUCAAGUGUGCCAUCCAACAAUCUGGACAGGGUGAAGCUGACAGAUUUCAACUUUCUCAUGGUUCUUGGAAAGGGGAGCUUCGGGAAGGUGAUGCUGGCAGACAGGAAGGGGACAGAGGAGCUCUAUGCAAUCAAAAUACUGAAAAAAGAUGUGGUGAUUCAGGAUGAUGAUGUUGAAUGUACAAUGGUUGAAAAACGAGUCCUGGCAUUGCAAGAUAAACCACCGUUCCUGACACAGCUUCACUCUUGUUUCCAAACAGUUGACCGUCUGUAUUUUGUUAUGGAGUAUGUGAAUGGCGGUGAUCUCAUGUACCACAUUCAGCAAGUAGGAAAAUUUAAGGAGCCACAAGCAGUGUUCUAUGCAGCUGAGAUCUCAGUUGGGUUAUUCUUUCUCCAUAACAGAGGGAUUAUUUAUAGAGAUCUGAAAUUAGAUAAUGUGAUGUUGGAUUCAGAAGGACACAUUAAAAUUGCUGAUUUUGGAAUGUGCAAAGAACAUAUGUUAGAUGGAGUAACAACCAGGACCUUCUGUGGCACUCCAGACUACAUUGCACCAGAGAUUAUUGCUUACCAGCCGUAUGGGAAGUCUGUGGAUUGGUGGGCGUACGGAGUGCUGCUCUAUGAGAUGUUAGCUGGCCAGCCUCCAUUUGAUGGAGAAGAUGAAGAUGAACUUUUCCAGUCCAUAAUGGAGCAUAAUGUUUCCUAUCCAAAAUCACUGUCCAAAGAAGCUGUCUCCAUCUGCAAGGGGCUGAUGACUAAACAUCCCGCAAAACGCCUUGGCUGCGGCCUUGAAGGUGAACGAGACAUCAGGGAGCAUGCUUUCUUCAGGAGAAUUGACUGGGAAAAACUGGAGAACAGAGAGAUUCAGCCACCUUUCAAACCUAAAGUGUGUGGCAAAGGUGCCGAAAACUUCGAUAAAUUCUUUACCCGAGGACAGCCGGUGUUAACUCCUCCAGAUCAGCUGGUCAUCGCUAACAUAGACCAAACAGAUUUUGAAGGAUUCUCUUACGUCAACCCCCAGUUCGUGCACCCCCUUUUACAAAAUGUAGCAUGAAACAGCAGAACAGGAACAAAUCCGGCAGUGGGGAACGGUCCUUAACCCUACAAUUUUCAGGCUUUUGCCUUGUUGAUUCCAUUUGGGCCUGGAAAUUGUAGGGUUAGAAAGCGUAAGAUGGGGGAAGGGCCACUUAUUCAGGAUUUUGGCUUUGCAACAGCGAUGUUGUCUUAAUGGAAAAUAAAUUAGCGUACGGUGCCCACUUAUCCUUCUCGAAGUCACCACUGACUUGUCUAAACUUACCCAUUUUUUGGUACGUUAUAUAUUUUUGUAACUUCCCACUGUCCUUUUGCUCCCUUUUCCACUCUGCUGUGUUAGAAAUAAUCUAACACACGGUCGGGGAAAAAAAAAAAAACGAACCCAACAAACCAAACCAGCUUUGAAUAUUUAGUCCUUCGGUGCGGAUGGUGGGAGAUGGGAGCUCUUGGCCCCGAGGGACCGCUCCUCCCUGCUCUUCUUCAGGGAGAUCAGCAGAGCACGAGAGACCGAAACAGCAGCAGCACCGUGGAGGAGAGGCAUUGCAAAAAAAAAAAAAAUUGGUGAAAGUAGUUGUUUCAAAAAUAGGACAGGAAACAAGUUGGGACGGGGGGAUAAAAUCGAACUAGACCCUGAGGCUUGGCGAACCGAUCCUGUAAGCAACACCAAGUCUAAACACACUUCAGCGGUGGCCAGAUCUCUAGGAUCUUUGUUAAGUAGCAUGCGAUAAACUCAAGGGUGAAAUUUUGUCUUUAAUAAUAAUAAUAGUAAUAAUUUUAAUAAUAUUUUUGUGAAUUUUAAUCUCCAUGAGAUUAUUCUGUGAUCCAGGGUGCCAUUGUCUGUUCAGUUAAUUUAAUUUACACCACUCCUCAAGUUUACUGUUAACUGGUUCUAAUACCAAUAUUUUACUAUGAAAUUUGUUAACCCGGAAUGUAAAACAAAACUGUAGUCCCUUAAAUCUUAUUUACAUGUGUUUGUUUAUAGUCUGCAGUAUAGGGCAGUAAAUCGAAGAAAGCAUUACAUAUACUAAAUUAACCAAAAAAUGCAGCCCCAAGUGACUUCCUGAUUUCUUCAGAAUAACUCAUGAAAAUCAAGUGAGAUUUAGUCUUAAAAUAAUCAGUUUUAAUUCAGAAAAAUUGGGGCUGUAGAAUAAUCAAGCCUGAAUGAAGCAGCACCUAAAAUGUUUUAUUGACAGAAUGGAAUUUAAUACAUUUUACACAUGCUUCAUGCAAUGAAUUUUGCAUGUUUAGUAAUAACUCUUAAUAAUAAGGGUUAAUAAUAAGCAGAUCUAUAUUAUUGACAUAAUCGUAUCAAGCAUAAAGAGUAUUAUAAAAAUUUUAUAAAACAAAUUGUGCUUUAUUUGUGAAAGUUCUUGUUCUGAAUUACAUCAUUUAGAUUUAGCUAAAUGUUUUAUUGCUGUUGUUUUGGUUUUUACUUUAGGUUUUGGAUAUCGUUAAUGGCUUAGGGUAUAAUCUUUUUUAAAAGUAGAUCUACUUUUAAACAAUAAUUGCUACCUGCAGGUUUUAUACGAGGUUCAAUUAGGCUUUCAUUUCACAUCUGCUUAUUACUUACAGAGAAGGAAAUAGACUUUAUUUGCAAUGAUGAACACUGUAAUUAAUGCAAUCUUCUCCUCUCCUAUCACUUAGAUAAAAAAUUUUGAUAUUUCCUCUUACGACUUACCAGAAGAUAUUAAUUCAAAUAUCAGUAAAUAUUUUUUGUGCAUAUUUUGGUUUUGUUACAGCAUGUAAAAUAGUAGUCAGUGCAUUUUCCUUUUUUUUUUUUUUCCCCCUUCUGCCUUGUUAGCGUUCGCAGCCCCAGGCACGUUUUGUCUGUCAGAUGUGCAUGCCGAUGCCAGAAGCAUGAUGUCUCUGUUGCUGCAUGCAGACUGAUUACAAUUUUUCCAGCAUGUAAACAUAUUCAAAAAGUAAGCUAUUUGCCAUAACAGACUUAAAUUUAUACUAGAAUAUGUAACGGAGGGGUGGGGUGGGAGGGGAAUCGACUUUCUAAUCGUCUUUUAUGACAAUAAAAAUGGAACCUGUGCCAAAGAUUCUGUGAGAAAGAUGCGGCCCUGGGAGUUGGUGGCCGAGUGGGCGGGUUUGGCUCCGGGGCUGCCCCCGGGGGGCAGUGGGACAGUUUUUGGAGUGAAACACGGUUGGAUGCGAACGGCAACUGUGUCGUGCUUCUGCACCCCUGGUGCCCUCAGAAGCCGUAUAUUUGGUGCCUAGGACGGUGAUCUGUGACACUCCAGAAGUUUGAUUUUUCGCCCGCUCGCCGUCCUGUUGCAGCCCCAGCUCUGAGCAAGGAGCGUCUCCCCGGGUAAGGUUUAUUAUUUAGAUUAAAUCCUAAUGAGCGAACCGAACCGUUCUGAGGCAUGGGGAAACACACUGCUAACGAGGGGCAGCGACCAACUAACAAGAACUCAGAUUGUUGCCUAAAUAAACAGAACUCAAAAUUUUUAAAACGUUGUAAGAGUAAAAUUUUUCAACCGUUCUGUGUCAAAUCUGUUAUCAGCCAAGCCUGGGAGUUCAUUUUCUCCUUUGUAUAUUAUAUACUUUAAAAAUUAUGAUAUUCACCAUAAAGCGUGUGGACUAGGGCAGUAUUCGUGCCUAUUUAUGUUUUUCUGAAUAUUAUCAGUCUGCCGUAGUUUAGGAAAAUCUGAGUAUCAUGCUGUAGAAGAGAAUAGAUUUAACAAAUUACUGCGGCUCAGAUUUUGAAUUAAGAAGGGGCUCUCAAGUAAGUUAGUCUGCCAAGAGGCAGCAUUACGUGCGUUUUAAGAAUGUGAAGUGACCAAGGAAAAUACUGGGAGAAAUACCCGCGCAGGGGUUUUGGAAGUAAGCAAAGCAGUACAGGGGCAGAACUGAACCGAGCCAGAAGCAGGCAGGAGAUCCCACGGGCCGACGUUCCCCAACAGUUCUGGUUUUCCUGAUGAAAUAGGAAUUGUACAGGGCAGUGCCACUGCGGGCGGUGCUGGGACGGUCGGUGCUGUUCACACCGGAAUGCGGCAUUAAAGAGCCGGUCCAACAUCGGAACAGAGCCGCUCGUUUUCCGGCUGCUUCUCAUCACCAGUUUCUUAGGCACUUGCAUUUGCCCCCCCCCGCCCCAGUUUUUCUGAUGUAGAAGCAGAAAUUCCUCUUUAACGUUGUUACCUCAAGCUCCUGGGCUUGCCACAUCUCACGUCGUCUUCUGUAGGUGUCUGUAACGCUUACGAAAAGGUACUGUGAACUCAUGGAUCCUGUAGGAACAAGACGGGGUGGGCUAAAGCAGGGACUGACUCUUUGUGUUACUCCUCGCUGCUCUGCUUAAUGCGCUCGCGCUUGGACCGGCCCUUUAAUGAGAACUCCAGCUGGCUUGCUAAUCAUCCAGAAAUUUAUAAUGGCAAGUAAAACCUUAAGUAUCCAGCACGCAUUUGUGUAUCUUUUUUAAUACAGAUGUUAUUUAUAUAAUAUUUCUCACAAGAUUUGGUUUUCUAGAGAACGUGUAUCAACGGAGGGAGAGGCAUUAGAACUGUUUUUCUUCACUUGUGUUCAAUGGCCACCGUAAUCCGAACACCCACAUUAUUGCGAAGAUUUCAAAAAGUCAAAUUGAAAAUUAUAAUACUCUGAAGCUGGUGGGAAGUUUUGGGAGCCACGUUUCCAUCCCACGUGCGCUCAAAUCCCAAGGGGCUCCGGAGCAGCCCCGUUCCUGCCGGGGGAGGCACAGGUCUGCAACGUAAAACUUCCAAGCCGUUUUCAGGGGUUAAAUGGGACUUAACUGGCUCCUAGGCAAAUUUCUUCAUUAUUCGGGCAUCUGGUGGUUUUUAUCCACCUUCAAGUCGCUUCAGCAGGGUGGUGGGUUUCCAGGACAGCCGCUUCGCCCUCCAGCCAGUCUCGGUGCUCUUAGCAAGGAUUGCACAUACGAGAGAAGGAGGGAGCACCUUCCCAUAAUAAAAUACUCCCCUUUAAUCCAAUUUAGAGGAGAAAUGCAAUUUGGCUUUCUGAUCCUUCAUUCUUUCCAGAAAUACUGUUGAAUUUCCUGUUACAAACUGAAGGAAGUUCUUCUGGAAAUCAGCUGUUACUUUAAAAGAAUAUAUCAUCAUAUCUAACUGCCGUUGGCCUUUGAAAUCCAUCCUGUCUUUUGGGGUGAAUUCAACUGAAUAAUGCUGGGCUCCUGUAAAAUUACUAAGGUCGAGGGAGGGAGGAACUUGUCUUCUAGCCAGAAAGACGGCGUGUCCAAGGGCCGGGCUCGAGUGGUACCACUUGCAAUUUCUGUUUUCUCAGUCUGCAUCCAGAUGCAAUCCCAGGUAAAUGCUCUAGGAGACACCUGCAGUUAGCAGAGGGGGAAGAUCCUCCUUAUUAAGCAAAACAGAUCAUUGGAAAUAAUAAUAAUAAUCCAAUAAUAAAGCUUUGAUAUGAGUAGAAAGCAUAUUUACAGUAUUGAGUUUACAGUGGGCUUUUGGACCUGCCACAAACCUUCUGGAAACGUUUAAUGUGAUUUUCAGUUCUUUUUGUCAUUAGCAGAAGUUAUUGUACGUAGGGUUUGUCUCUUUGCAAACGUGAGCGUCGGCUCCGGGCGAUGAGUUACCUCUGAGUGCUGUUGGGUAGGUAGGCACUGAGCUGCCGAGUAGUAAAACAGUAGACAAGCUUAAAGCACUUUUUGCAUCAGCUCCACACUCUUAGAUGGGAUCUGAAAUAGUUCAGUUGAAGAGUUAAAUAGGAAUUGACUCCAUAAACAUCUAUGAUUUCCUACCAACCAGUGUCUAUGCCAGUAACGACUGGUAAUUAAAUAGCCUUAUAAUGAAUAAUCAUCAUGCACUACAGCCCUCCUGUUCCUAGGAAAACCUUGAGAGAGAGAGGGCAAGUUAUUAACCUCUCUGCCUCAGUUACCUCAUCUGUAAAAUGGGGGUAAUAAUACUUACUUACCUCACAGGGAGGUGUGAGGACUUCUUAGGUAAUGUUUCUAAUACACUUUUAACCUGAAAAGAGUUGUGUAAGUAUUAUUAUAAUUUUUAAUAUUAAAUCAGCUUAUUCGAUUCACAUGGUAUUGCUGGGUAUACCAUGCUAUUUCUACUUUUUUAUAGAACUUUAGUAAUUCUGCUGAAACCGUUUAAAGAGAAAUAAAAUCAGAUCUGAUAUGUUUCUUAUGGAAUCUGGAGUCCAGCUUUUAUUAACUGGAGUCAGGGUGCGGUGGGGAGUGACGCUUGCUGAUUGUGUAGGUCAGCUGCACUUACCUCUUUUCCAAUUACUGAGAUUUCUAUGUGCAAUUUAAAAAUUCCAUGUAAAUGGAAGUCUGAGCAGAACUGAUUAUUGUAGGGUGAGAUUCCCUAUGAGUAAAUAAAGUCAGCACGGCUGCUUUCUAGUGAUGUUUACACUGGCUCCUGUUGAAGGAGAAGCGAUAUUCUUUAUGCAGCUGGUCCAUCCAUGACAGGUUUAUUCCGUUGAUAUUUUAAUGUAUUCCUGUGUCGUAUAUCUUUUGCUUUUCUUUUCCUUGUGUGUGACACCAUAGUUCAAAUUUAAAAGGAAACUGCCCCAGAAGCAAUGAUUUUUCUUCCACUGAUGUUGGUCGACCCAAAAAAAAAAAAAAAAGCAAAUCAGCAGUCUAUUAGUAAUUUUAAACAGAGAUGUGCAGGAAGAGUAGCAACUGCGCUGAUCACCAGCCUGCUUUCGUUUCUCGCUACGGGACACAGGGGAAAGUCUGCAGCUGAUGUCACGUUAAUUUUAUAAUCGUGACUUGGUGACAGGAGCACUUUAAUAGAAAGCAAAAUUAUGUUUCUGAUCUUUAUAAACCUUUUCCCAAGAACUAUGUGAAUUGUCUUUAUUUGCCUUCUGUCUGAACGCUGAGCGGCAGCGCUGCCGAUGGCUCCGUCCUUCCCGAGCUUCCUGGGCUCCUGUCUUGGCCUUCCCAGGCACCCGGUGGAAGCGCCGCGUGCUUCGAGCUCGCUGCGUGCUUGGCGCUUUCUCGGAGCCGCGGCGGCGGCAUCCGGCAUCUGGCAGCACUGAGCCUGUAAGCCCAAAUUCAGCAAAAAAUAUUAAGUAUGUGCUUGCGGCCGUGGCUGUUGGGCAGAGCGUGGACGUUUGGGCUUACCUUUGAGCGGCUUCACAUCCCGUGGGAGUCAGCAGAGCUUGCAUGCUCGGAUGCCUUGCUGACUUGGGGCAGAAAACAAUGUUCUUGCAGUGAUAAUACAAAUUUAGUCUGUGGCUUGUUCCCCACAAAGCCUUUCAUUUAUUCUCUUACGUGCUAUUAAAAUGAAUGUAAGAAAAGUAAUUUCAACGAAAUGAAGCUUGUUGCCUCUUAAAAAUGUGCGUAUCCCAACACAUGUAUUAUUUUGCACGACAAUACGGAGCACACCUGAAACUUUUAAGAUGAUUACAAGUUAUUUUAAUGUUAUCUUAUUUAAAACAAGGAGUAAUCCCACCUUGAACUCAUUCGUGGUUUUUAGUAUUAUUUUGAGACCCAAACUUUGUGUUUAUAAAGAGGAGAACAUUAUUUAUUUUCUUAUCAUCUAUCUGCAAAAUGCUACCAGAAAAUUUGGAGAGGCCAUUCAUUUUUCAAAAAUAAAAAAUCAUUGGAAGUAUAGUGGGCAAGACUGAUGUAUAAAUUACAGCAUCUUUUUUUUCUUAAUUCGCAAUAUCUUCAAUCUUCGUUUGCAUGAAAUGCUUUUGUUAAAUAUUAAUUGUAGUUUCAAAGCAAGUGUGUAUGAAUA